AUGACCAAGAGGGGGAACUUGAUUCUCCUUCGGUUGAACAAUAUCAUCCAGUUAGAUAUGGUGGAAGGAAAAUAUCUCCUCCAGCACAGAUCGGGGUGGUUUCCCUAUUACUGUUGGAACCCACUUCGUCCCUACUCAAUUUUCUCAACAUUGGUUGAUACAAUACAUCGAAAUAAUAAAACUGGGGAGAAUGAAGGGGAUGAUAUAAACACAAUUGCUGAAGAAGAUACUUCCGAAGCCGCCCAUCAAUUACCACGUCGAAGAAGGCAAAAUGCCUAUGACAGCGAUUUUCGCACUCAGCAACUUUUACAUUCUCGAUCGCCCUCUCCCUUUGAUGAUUCUCAACAACAUUCUAUUCCAAUAAUUAGGCAUCCAAUUUUAUAUACUCGACAACAUGAACUUGAGGAGCGUUUUAGACAUCAUCCAGCAAUUGGUCUACAACCUGGGGACCAAUACCAGUUUGCUAGUGAAUAUGACAGGAAACAUAGAAGUCGAAGUAGCAGCUAUGCUGAUACACAAAAUGAGGCAAUAAGAACAUCACAAAGGCGAAAACUUCCUUCUACGCAACAUUUACGAAACAUUCCCCAACCUCAAAACAUCGAUAUUAAUGAAUACAAAAAUGUUCGACAACAUUCUCCUGUCCAAUCCUCUACCUCCUCGACAUGCUCAGAAUGUAGACGAGGAAGUAUAUCUCCAUCCACUACCUCUUCAAAUUCUUCAGACGCAACUACUUGUUGUUCUUCUUGUGAGAGUUCUGGUACCCUUUCUUCUCGACAAAACCAACUUUCGCCCCCAGCUACAGAUGAUUAUUCACAAUCAGAAAUCGCUUCUUCCUCUAUACAAUUACCAACAGUUAGGCGAAUUCAAUCUCAACAAAAUCGACCACAGCCCAGAACACAUCUAGAAAUUAGGAACGAACAAAAGCCACCUGAACAGCAGCAACAACAACAGCGUUUUUCGCAAAGAAAAUUGCCUGUUAUAAGACAUGGUCUCUCCAUAAUUUAUUUAUUUAUUUCAAUUCCCUUUAUUUCCUUAACAGGAUCACCCUCAAUAAGUAGCCAAUCAUCUUCUUUAGUUUAUCAACAACCAAAAAUUUCAGUUCCAAAUAUAAAUAGAUAUAAACAACCUGUUGCAGCCUAUUACUUGGCUCAGCAGGAACAAUCACAACAAAGACAACCUGCUGAAUUUACAAAUUAUUAUAACCGUACGGGAUUUAGUAACUCGUCGCCGAGAGGUCCUCUCGGUCGUUGGGCAAUUCAACGUGCAGCAACUAUUGCAAGCACCUCAGCUGCUCCAGCAGCUACUUCUUCAGCAACACUUCCUCGACGUUACAAUAAUCAACAACAACAACAAUCUCAACAUCAACAAAAAUAUUCCCAACAAUAUACUCCCUCAUAUAAUAAUCAGAAUCGUCGAGUUUCUGGUUCAGCUUCAUCUUCAGCUUUGGAUAGUGUCGAUGUAGACAAUCCCCAAACUCCAACUAAUCGUUUAUUACCACAACAAAAACAACAACAACAAUCUUCUUCAAAUAACCCAAAAACUACUAAUUCUAGUUCUAUUUCCCCCGGUGAUAUUGUAAUAUGGGCAAGGCCGGGUAAUGUCCCUUUGAGUGAUUCUGAGGAAGAACCUCCUAUUUAA